CCCAAUCCCCGUCUGAUCUCGUUAUAGCUGUGGUCGCCGUACCUGCGGGCACUGCAAUCCCACAGAUCCCGAUCCCCAACGCCGCCUCCAUGGCCCGCUCCUCCUCCCAGUCCCAGUCCUCCGUCGGCGGCGCCGGCGCCGGAGCCCGCCCGGCCACCGUCGGCCCGCGCGGCACGGCCGCAGCCGCCGCCGGCAUGCGCCGCCGCCGCGCCACCGCCAGCACCGGGGGAGGGGGCUUCUCCGGCGGCGGCGGCAGCAACAUGCUGCGCUUCUACACCGACGAGGCCCCGGGCCUGCGCCUCUCGCCCACCAUGGUCCUCGUCAUGUCCCUCUGCUUCAUCGGGUUCGUCACCGCCCUCCACGUCUUCGGCAAGCUCUACCGCUCCCGCACCGCCGCAGCUGCAUCCGCCUGAUCCAUCCCAUUCCUCGGAUCACAUCGCAGUGUCAGCACAUCAGACGGUUUUCAUGUACUACUGCCUAAGUAGCCUCUUCUUUUUAUGGAACCUUGCAACUUACAAGUUAUUAAUCAUGGAUGCCCUUUCUGUUUAUUCUUCCCCCUUCCCUUCUUUUGAUUAGCUUUUACUCCCAGAUGCAAACAACUAGUCACUUCACUCCUGCUUGUGAAAUCGCUGUAAUCCAACCAUAGGGGUUGUUGCUACAGCUAAUUUUGCAUCCUACUAGUAACUUGUAUGUGCUUGAGGAUUUCUACAAUCUUGGCAUCUUGCUAUUGCUAGCUCCAUCUGCUGCUAAGUUUACUAAUUUACUUACAUCAGCUUGUGAGCUGGUAUUACCCAAUCAAAAAGUUCAAAUGGUUUCUGGA